CUGGCGGUUUUUAAUUGCCAGCGAUCGAACAGAACCUACUCCUCCAUCGGGAUCCGCGCACGACGAGCCGUCGAGUCGGCGAUGGGCAGCGUGGCCAUGGAAUCCGACUACGGCGUGCCGCGCGAGCUGUCGUCGCUCCAGAAGGCGCGCGCGCUCUACCAACCGGAGCUCCCGCCCUGCCUGCAGGGUACCACGGUCAGGGUGGAGUACGGUGAUGCAGCGAUUGCGGCCGAUGUUGCCGGUGCACACGUCAUCAGCCAGGCCUUCCCUCACACGUAUGGCCAGCCACUGGCGCACUUCCUCGGAAAGACGGCCAAUGUGCAGGAUGCUACAAUCAUGACAGAGCAUCCUGUCGUCAGGGUUGGCAUUGUCUUCAGUGGGAGGCAAUCGCCAGGAGGCCACAAUGUUAUAUGGGGCCUCUAUGAUGCUAUAAAGGCUCACAACCCAAACAGCAAGCUUAUCGGUUUUCUCGGAGGAACUGAUGGCUUAUUUGCACAGAAAACUAUGGAUAUCAGUGAUGAAGCUCUUGCAUCUUAUAAAAAUCAAGGUGGUUAUGACAUGCUUGGUCGGACAAGGGAUCAGAUCAGAACAACUGAGCAAGUAGAGGCAACACUGGCUAUUUGCCAAGCAUUGAAGUUGGAUUCCCUUGUUAUAAUUGGAGGUGUCACGUCUAAUACGGAUGCUGCUCAGCUUGCUGAGACAUUUGCUGAGUUGAAAUGUCCAACAAAGGUUGUUGGUGUUCCUGUAACCUUGAACGGAGACCUCAAAAACCAGUUUGUAGAGACAACAGUUGGUUUUGAUACCAUAUGCAAGGUGAACUCGCAGCUCAUAAGCAAUGUUUGCACUGAUGCUCUUUCUGCUGAAAAGUAUUACUAUUUUAUUCGGUUCAUGGGACAGAAAGCGUCUCAUGUGGCGUUGGAGUGUGCUCUUCAAUCACAUCCGAAUAUGGUUAUCCUAGGAGAGGAGGUUUCUCUGUCAAAACUUACCAUUUUUGAUAUUACAAAGCAGAUAUGUGACGCUGUGCAGGCAAGGGCUGAAAAAGACAAAUAUCAUGGGGUUGUACUGAUUCCUGAGGGUCUUGUUGAGACUAUUCCUGAGCUUUAUGCUUUGCUUCAGGAAAUUCAUGGGCUACAUAAUAAAGGUGUUUCCGUUGAGAACAUCUCUUCCCAUCUUUCACCUUGGGCAUCUGCACUCUUUGAAUUUUUGCCUCCAUUUAUUAGAAAGCAGCUUCUUCUCCAUCCUGAAUCUGAUGAAUCUGCUCAACUUUCUCAGAUUGAGACUGAGAAGCUUCUAGCACAAUUAGUUGAGAAUGAAAUGAACAAACGCCUUAAGGAAGGCACUUACAAAGGAAAGAAGUUCAAUGCAAUAUGCCACUUUUUUGGCUACCAAGCAAGGGGUGCCCUGCCUUCCAAAUUCGACUGUGAUUAUGCUUAUGUUCUUGGGCAUGUGUGCUAUCACAUCCUAGCAGCUGGUUUGAAUGGCUACAUGGCCACUGUGACAAAUCUAAAGAGUCCAGUGAACAAGUGGAAAUGUGGUGCUGCUCCUAUUACGUCUAUGAUGACUGUAAAACGGUGGUCUCGUGGUCCUACUGCCAGUCAAAUUGGCAAGCCUGCUGUCCACAUGGCCAGUGUCGACUUGAAAGGAAAAGCAUACGAGUUGUUGCGACAAAAUUCUUCCAGUUUCUUGAUGGAAGACAUCUACCGAAACCCUGGGCCACUUCAGUUUGAAGGACCAGGUGCUGAGACAAAGCCUAUUUCACUAUGUGUUGAAGAUCGAGACUACAUGGGAAGAAUCAAACAACUGCAGGAGUACUUGGAGAAGGUGAAAAGCAUUGUGAAGCCCGGGUGUUCACAGGAUGUCCUUAAAGCAGCGGUAAGCGCCAUGGCUUCUGUGACGGAGAUGCUUACCAUAAUGUCUACCCCACCUUUCAGUAGCCAGGCAACCAUCUGAACGCCAUGCCAAAGUCUAUCGUCUGAAUCAUAGGCUCUCGUGUUCUCAGUCUCAGACAUAUUUUGAUUCUGACUGUAUCAUCUGUUUAUCUGAAACCACCAUCUUGUUAGAUCCCCUGCUCAAUAUCAGCUCUGUUUUUGGGUGUUUUUCAGCUCAAGUGUUAAUUGAGAUGAGUCAGAACAGGAAUAAUUUGUGCGUAAUACAACUGGUUACACUAUUAUAAGUGAUAAGGAUAAAAUUGCAUAACAUGUUUUUGCGAUA